AUGAGCAGUACAGAGGGCAAGGAAACUACAUUUAAAAGCCCGAAACACGCAACAACAAAUGAAAGAAAUGGUCAGAAUGGACCGAUUGUGUUUGAAGAUAUGAGAGGUUCGAAGAAGGAUACGUUUUUGAAAGUGGCUCCCAGUUUAUUCACGGCAGCAAAGCUGCCGUUGUUUGACAGCUUGGAUCUGUACACGACGCUGAUACGGAACAGUAACGCUUUGGAGCAGGGAGAACGUCUACGGAACCUCAGUUGGCGGAUAAUGAACAAGGCAAUGCUUAAGGAUCACGAACUCAAUAAAUCUAAAAAACGGGACGGUGUGAAAAACCUCUACAGGGUGAUCAACCCUGCUCAGAAUCCACAGUUUCCCGAGCACGGCCGACAAUCAAUGGAGAAACUGCAGCCUCUGCAAAUUAUGAGUGCGAUGAAAAGCCCCACGGGGCAACAACAACAACACUCACAACAACCUCACAGUAAUCACCACCACCAUCAACAUCAGCAUCACGCAAGUUCUAAUUAUCCUUCUGCUACUGGACAUAUUCCAGCAAGAGCCACAAGCGAUUUGCAGGCCAAACGUGGCGUACAUAGACCUCACGAACUGUCGUUAGCCCGCCCGCAGACAGGUCAGGGCAAUGUACGAUUCACUCUGGGAUCAGAUGGUGGAUCCAGAGUGACGUCCCCAGAGCCUCAUCAGCACCUUGUAUUGGGCGGCUUUGUUGAUGCUCAAACACCAGCUGGAAAGAAAAAGGACACCACCCUCCCGCGAACAAAUACCACGAAGGCUGCGAUGCCUGAAGAAACCGAUGAUACGCGGCCCAAAAAGCAUACAAAGCGUUUUCCACAUCAAACGCAAUCCACUAGCAGUUUGUUUGCUACUAGAAGUAACGACAAAGUGCCUCGUGGCACUGGUGAGCAUCAACCAGAUCAGAAACCCAAAUCUUUGUUUGGGGCACCACUUACGCAACCAAAAUCGACGACAGGCACUCAUUCUUCGCACAACGGUACUUUCUAUAGCAGUGACGAAGAAGAGUCUGAUUGGAACUCAUUUUCUGACGACUCCGAAGUGUACGACGAAGACGAAGAUGAGCGGUAUUACCAAAAACAAUGGGACAAACUUAUGUUUUCUCGCGAGACCAUCACUAGUAGGGGCACAACUUCACCGUCUUCGGACAAACAAGAUCCCAAACGAAGCCUACUUAGCGGGCUAUUUCUCAACGAGAUGCCCAAAAAGCCGGCUUUACCUAUCAUGAGUUCCGUGAGUGUACAACACCCGACGCUCGAAAAAAGUAGUGUCACUGCAGUUGGUGACGUUACGCCGUCAAGUUCAUGGAAGGGAGGCCUUUCCGCAAUUAAUGAAGCAAUGAUACACGAUAAAGCGGCCGCCACCCAUCCGCAUGGGCACCCUGGUACAAGUUACAUCUCCAAUCAACGCGGCAGUUUCAGCAGCAUAAUAUCAGAUUCCACACGACAGCGUUAUAAACACGAAUCCAACGCACCUCCAACGGCCCAAACCAUUUUGCCCACUGCUCUGUCCACGCAUAUGUUUCUACCCAAUAACGUCCACCAACAACGUCUGGCAAAAUCGUCGUUGUCAUCGUCCCCGUCAUCUGCAAAACCAGUACCUUUCAAAAGACGGGAAUCUAUGGAUAUACCUUCGAAAAGAAGCACGAAUUCAUUUUUGAAGACUCGGGUGGAACUGUCUGAAGAGCAAUAUCUUUCUAGAGCAUUGAGUGAUCGCCAAUAG